AGGGGCAGUGAUAAAUUAAAGCAAGCCAAACACACUUAUCAAUCAGGUUUCUUCCUAGAGAAGGAGAAAAGAAAGAUAGGGACACCCCAUGAAAGAUAAAAUGUUGCAAAGAGAUACAUGAGAAAAAGACCGGACCCUCUUCUUGUGGCAACUUAUAUAUUACUUUGACAAGAAAGCUUUGAUCUUUCGCUACUGUGUGAACUUGUCCAUAUAGUAUUCUUUUUGUCCAUAGAAUCCCAAUUAGAAAACAGAGUUUCAGCUUCAGAGAAGGUGAGAAUGGUCUAAGAAGCCUUGCAUGGCGAGCCAAAGAAUUGGAGAAACGGGUUUGUCUGAGUCGGGACCUUCAAGUCACCAUGUUCCUUAUGGAGUUCUUCAUGGGAUUAGUACUUCAUCAGGCCUAAUCAAUCAAGGGUCUGCUUUUGAUUUUGGGGAGUUGGAAGAGGCAAUUGUUCUGCAAGGAAUUAAGAUAAGAAAUGAUGAAGCCAAAGCAUCAGCUUUAUUCACAGGCAGGCCUUCGGCCACACUGGAAAUGUUCCCCUCAUGGCCAAUGAGAUUCCAGCAAACCUCAAGAGGAGGUUCAAAGUCCGGAGGGGAAAGCACUGAUUCAGGAUCAGGAGUGAACACUCUUUCAACCAAAAAUGAGCUAAGAUUUGAAACAGAAUCUCCAAUAAGCAUAAAAGCAUCUCCUUCAGAUCAUCAUCAGGCUUUUGAUCAGCACCUUCAACAGCAGCAGCAACAACAACAACAACAACAGGAGACAGCAACAGCAGGCACAUCAUCACAGAAUCAAUCAGCAGCCAAAUCACCUCAAGAAAAGAGGAAAGGAGCUGGUUCCACAUCAGAGAAGCCACUUGAUGCAAAGACACUGAGACGUUUAGCUCAAAACAGAGAAGCUGCAAGGAAAAGCCGUCUCAGGAAAAAGGCUUAUGUGCAGCAACUAGAGUCAAGUAGAUUAAAGCUCACCCACCUUGAACAAGACCUUCAAAGAGCUCGCUCUCAGGGUGUGUUUAUGGGAUGUGGUGGUGCUGGUGGCAGUUUAAGUUCUGGAGCUGCAAUGUUUGACAUGGAGUAUGCAAGAUGGUUGGAGGAUGAUCAGCGGCACAUGGUGGAGCUCCGUUCGGGGCUGCAGGUGCCGCUGCCGGACGGCGAACUAAGAGUGAUUGUGGAUGGAUAUCUGUCUCAUUAUGAUGAGGUUUUCAGGCUGAAAGGGGUGGCUGUUAAAACAGAUGUGUUUCAUCUUAUUAAUGGCAUGUGGACUUCACCAGCUGAGAGAUGCUUCCUCUGGAUAGGUGGUUUUAAACCAUCAGAGCUCAUCACAAUGUUGAUACCACAGUUGGAGCCCCUAGUGGAGCAGCAAAUUAUGGGCAUACAUGGACUCCGGCAUUCGUUAGUACAAGCAGAAGAAGCUCUCACUCAAGGUCUUGAACAGCUUCAGCAGUCUCUUGUUGACACCAUCGCCGGCAGUCCCGUCGCCGACGGUGUUCAACAGAUGGUGGCAGCCAUGGGUAAGCUUGGCAACCUUGAAGGAUUUGUUAGUCAGGCUGAUAAUUUGAGGCAAAUAACCCUUCACCAAUUAUGUCGAUUGCUGACAGUCCGUCAAGCAGCACGGUGUUUUCUUGUGAUUGGAGAGUAUUAUGGCCGUCUUAGAGCCCUUAGUUCUCUUUGGGCAUCAAGACCACGAGAGACAUUGAUAAGUGAUGAUAACUCAUGCCAAACAACCACGGAAUUGCAAAUGGUUCAAUCUUCUCAAAAUCAUUUCUCAAGUUUCUGAAAUACAUAUAUAUAUAUAUAUAUUGUGUAGUAAUUGAAACCCGGUGCAAGUGGAUUUCUUUGGGCUGCUUUAGAAGGAAUGGAAAGAGUGUCAGCGUCAUCAAAGAAUUAAUAUCUUUUUUUUUUCCUUUCAAUCUUCUGCUCUUGUGUCUCUUAUGUUUUGUUAUAAUUAAAUGGAAUCCGAGUUUUAUGUGAAUGACGAGGAAGCUUCUACUUUAGCUAAAAGGAGUAGAGAAAUUUAAUGUUAAAGGAACAAAUAUGACAUGCGAGAUGUAGAUAUAUAUGUAAACAUAAAAUUGAUGCUAGUCUUCUAUAUAGUAUAUUACAUAUAGCUAGCUAGUUGCUUCUUUUAA